UCCACUCAGACUAUAAAACAUAUGUACCUCUCUCUCGACUCAGACCAAAACAAGAUGAAGAUAUCAGUUAUCUUAGUUGUCUGUAUGAUUGUGUCUGUGUCUGGACAUUGGAGUUGGGGGAGAAGACGACCAAAACCGAAACCUGAUUGUACUUUACCAGUAGACUCAGGCAAAUGUUUCUUCUGGAUGAGACGUUGGUUCUUUAAUACUGAAACCGGAACAUGCGAGAGAUUCCGGUAUAAAGGAUGCCGUGGAAACUCAAAUCGAUUCAAAUCUUUACAACAAUGCAGAGAUACAUGUGAUGGACAAACCGACAUGAGUAGUAAUGGACGCAUGACACCAAAUAUGGGUGGAGGAGGUGGCUGGUACACAAAAACUUCUACAAUGAUGCCAUCUGGCGGAAACGGAGGAAAUGGAGGGAAUGGCGGGAACGGCGGAGAUAGUGGUUCUGGUGACGGAGGUAAUGGUGGAAGCGGUGGAAACGGUGGAGAUGGCGGUUUUGGUAACGGUGGUGAUGGGGGAGGCGGUGGAAAUGGCGGAAAUGGUGGUGGCAGUGAUGGUGGUGGAAACGGUGGAAACGGAGGUAAUGGUGGAAAUGGUGGAAAUGGUGGAGGAAAUGGUGGUGGUGGAGGAGAUGGCGGAAACGGUGGUGGUAUGGAUGAGAUGCCUAAUGGCCAAACACCAUCACCAGCGGAACAAAACCUGAACCUAAUUGUUUCUUACCAUCAGAUUUUUUUUUUGCCAGGACCAAAACCUAAACCUAGUUGUACCUUACCACCAGAUUCAGGAAAGUGUUCCUUCUGGUUAAGACGUUUCUACUAUAACACGGCAACCGGAAGGUGCGAGGAAUUCCACUACAAAGGUUGUAAGGGGAACACAAAUCGUUUCAAAACUUUCAGAGAAUGUAGUGACACAUGCUGUCAUCAAGGAAAUAGUGGUGGAAAUGGCGGAAGCGGCGGUGUUUGGAAUGGUGGGAAUGGGGGAAGCAGUUUGAAUGGUGGAAAUGGCGGAAGCGGUGGUGUUUGGAAUGGUGGGAAUGGGGGAAGCGGUUUGAAUGGUGGAAAUGGCGGAAGCGGUGGUGUUUGGAAUGGUGGGAAUGGCGGAAAUGGCAGAAGCGGUGGUUUUUGGAAUGGUAGAAAUGGUAAUGGGUAAUGGAGGAAACUGUAAAAAUCAUGAUAUAACCACUGACCAGGUUCCGGACUAUGGACGUUUGAACAUAGGACAGGAUCAUAUUCGUUUAUUUGCAUUCAUAUUUUAUUCAAUGUAAAACAAAAAUAUACAAAUACUUCUAUUCA